AUGCGUAAUCGUUCUUGUGUGACACAACUCCUGCCUGUUCUCCACUCUAUUGGUAAAUCACUCGACCGGAACACUCAAACUGAUAUGCUUUAUUUUGAUUUCGCUAAGGCGUUUGAUUCUGUAGACCAUGUCAUUCUUAUCCAGAAACUUAAAUGGUAUGCGUAACGGGUCAACUCCUUAACUGGUUUAAGGACUAUCUCAACGAUAGAUAUCAGAGAGUUGUGAUAGACGGUGUUGCCUCUCAGUACCUACCAGUCACCUCUGGUGUGCCCCAAGGAAGCCUUGUUGGACCUCUGCUGUUUGUCAUCUUUAUUAAUGACUUACCUGACUCGAUCCAGGAACAGACGAGUUCAGCUCUCUAUGCAGAUGACACAAAAUUAUACCGCUCUAUUUCGUCCCAAAGUGACUGUGAGAACCUGCAACGUGACAUAUCGAACCUAAAUACUUCGAGUCAUAACUCCAAUAUGAAGUUUAAUGCCUCCAAGUGUAAGGUAUUAACGGUCACUCGGAAGAAAUCGCCUGUACUUACGGACUACCACCUGGACAACGCCAUUUUACAACGCGUUCAACAAGAAAACGACCUAGGAGUUAUCGUCAAUAGCAAGCUAUCUUGGGACACUCACAUCUCCUCAAUCGUCAGCAAAGCUAACAGGAUGCUCGGUCUCCUGAAAAGAACAUGUCCUCUCAUCACAGACACCAAAGUUAGACGAACACUUUAUCUAGCCUUGGUAAAGUCGCAGCUGUGCUACGCAACUGAGGUUUGGUCACCUUCAAACGCAAAGUUGCAGAUUCUCUUAGAACGAGUACAGAGACGGGCAACUCGAUGGAUUCUAAGAACUAAAGUUGGUGAGCUGUCAUAUGAAGACAGGCUGAAAUCUCUAAACCUAUUGCCACUAACUUAUGAUCGAGAAAUCAGAGAUCUUGUGUUGGUUUAUAAAUAUAUUUUCGGUCAUACCGAUUUAAACAUUAAUCAACUUUUAACCUUCGUAGAGCACAAUCGAUCUCGCGCACAGAAUCCAACCCUAAUGCUAAAACACUCCUGUUGUAAAACAUCCACCUUUGGGGCAUCGUUUUUUAAUAGAAUAGUAAAGCCUUGGAACUAUAUAUGUAAAAUAGCCUCUCCAGAAAAGUUUGCCAGUCUAAAUAUUUUUAAAAGCUUUUUGCACAUGACAUACACCGCCUUGGUGAACAGUACUUUUAAUGUAGAUAUGACAUGUACUUGGUCGCUCAUAAGAGACUGCCCUUGUCACCGUACUUAAGUCCUAAGUUAUAUAUGUAUAUAUUCUGUAUAGUCAAUAAGUUUGUUUUCACUAGUUUAGUUUAGGGGUGGCGCCCUGCAUGGGUCUCGUUGUCCCGUUUGCGCUAGCCCCAUUGGACGUAUACCCUGUAAUUUUAUUUGUUUGUAUAAUAAUAUGUAACCUUUUAUAUGUAUGUCCAAUAAAGCUGAUAAAAAAACAAAAACAAAAAAAACAAAAAAAAACAAGUCAGACAUAAACAAGCCAGUCAUUAACAGGGAGUAAACGUGUAUUAAUCAAGCAGCGAUUACUGGGCUUAUAUUAAUUGGGGGACUUAUAUUCGGGGGGCUUAUAUUCGGGUGGGCUUAUAUUCGGGGGGGGGCUUAUAUUUGGAAUGAGGUGAGCGUUAGUACAUGUGGUGGGCUUAUACACGGGGGGGCUUAUAUUCGGGGGGUGGGGGCUUAUAGUUGGGGGUGGGGGCUUAUAGUUGGAGGUUUACGGUAUUGGUUAGAGUGCUGCACCUGAAUCGCAGGGCAGCAGGUUCGAUUCCUGCCCGGGACCUGCUGUUGCAUUUUUCGCAACUGUGCCUGGUUAGGUCUCAUACAUGCAUAUAAAUUUCCGCUCGAUAAUUUCCAUCUAUACAAGACCCUUCAACUAUUAUUCAAUUGUGUAUGACUUGUCUUCUAUAAGCUGUUUCUUGUUGAUCAAGUAGUUUUUAAAUCAAACAUUUUCUUGUACACAUGGUGUAGCAUGAAUUUCCUUUUUACAUGACUUUGACAAAUAGACAGAUAGAUAUUAUUUUCAAAACAUGUACACUAUGUGUGCUGUAACUUUAUUAAAUGCAAGUUAAUGACAAAAAAAUCAAGCAUGCAUUAAUUAAUUAAAGUUGGACUAACCCCAAGUCGAAUUUUUGGUUUGUGUGAUAUAACAACCUCAUCUUGAUCAACUUUUUCAUUGUCAAAGUUUCUGACGUCAUUAGAUGAAUAUUGAUAAAAAACAAAGGAAAACUAAUUUACAAUUCACAUAAUGACAUCAUAUUCGGAAACUUGAAAAGUCGAUAAAGAAGGUUUUUUUAUUAUAGAGAUAACAUUUCUUUUAAUGACACAAAUAUUACACAUACCAAAAAUCAUAUUUGUGGAAUUGUGGUCAGCCAUGUUUUAAAAUUAUAUUUCUUAUUUUUCAUCUUCCAAAUAUUCAUAUCCUUUGAAGUCAUCAUCUUUCUCAUUAAAAGAGCUAAUAUGGUGAAUCACAUGUAUCAUGCCACUGAUAUAAAGACCUAAAAGUGCAGAUAAUUAUACCUUUAGACUUUAAUAAUGUAUUACUUGCCUCCGUGAGGCAAACCAGUGAUCUGUUACAGUUUACUCAAGACACAGAUUGAGAAUAUAUAUGAGAAUAUUCUUACAGUUACAGUAAUCUGUGCAACUCAAGCUUUGCCUUGACAUUAGCAAAGUGCAUUAUUAUCAAAACCUGUUGCAGUAUUGCAUUCAUAUAAUAAACAGGAACUUUGCUAGUAAUUACCUAGCAUGGCCCUAACUGAAUAUGUCCAAAGUAUAUAAAAAUAUUAUGUUAAGAGUUUUAACUCUCCAGCCAAGAUGAAUUCGACAGACGAAUAAAUGAGAUUCUAGCGGGAAUUCCUCACGUAAAGAGUAAUCGAGACGACUGUCUAAUUGGUGGGAAAGAUCGAAACGAGCACAACAGAACACUCGACCUAGUCCUAACACGUCUGCAAGACCAUGGAUUAACAUUAAGAUUGGAGAAAUGUGAAUUUGGAAAGGAGGAAGCUGAGUUCUAUGGUGUCAGAUUUACGGGAGAAGGAAUCAAACCAUCGAAGGCGAAAGUGAAAGCGUUGCAAGAAUGUGGAGAGCCCAGUUCAAAAGAAGGAGUAAGAAGCUUUCUGCAGAUGGUGGGAUAUAUGUCUCGAUUUAUCACCAGCUUUGCCCAGAUUGCCGCACCGCUGCGACAGUUAACGAAGUCAACCUCAACCUUCAAUUGGGGACCUAUAGAACAGGAAGCUUUCGAUAGCUUGAAGAGCAGUUUGACGGAGCAAACAACCCUUUCCUACUUUGUUCCCGAAACACCGAUAAGAAUCUACGUAGAUGCUGGAAAGAAAACAGAGAAAUCGAGCAACGUUCCUGGAGGACUAUGCGCUAUUUUAUGCCAGAAAGGUGACGACGGACAGUGGAAAAUGUGUCACGUAACCAACCGUGCCCUAACUGACGUUGAGACAAGAUACGGACAGACUGAGUUAGAAGCAGCUGCGAUCAAGUUUGCUUGUGCUGACGCCCUUUAUAAGUACUUGGUUGGAGCGCCAAAGUUUGAAAUCUUCACGGAUUGCAAACCGCUUGUACAUCUCUUCAACAAUCCAACCUCAAGAGCAUCACUGCGUAUCGAGCGACAAAUUCUCGCCAUACAAGGUUUAGACUAUGUGGUCAAGUAUCAGAAAGGAGCUGAGAACAUCGCGGAUUAUGGAUCAAGACACCUGACGAGGAGACAUGAUGCUGUUCCCAUGGUGAAGUCCGUGAACGAGUUAGAAGAAGGAUUACGAACUUUUGUCUCUGAAGACAACGAGUACCUUUCCAGAAUGGCAAAAGACGAUAAUGAUUACCAAUUCCUAAAAGAAGUAAUUCAAAGAAACCUCUGGAAGAAACACGGAAAAGAUCCAAGAGUUUCAAGAUUCCUCGGAGUAGCGUCCGACUUAUCUGUUGUUGGAGAAAUCAACCUGUGUAAGGACAAAGUAAUUCCGCCUUUGAGCAGUCGAAGAAGAUUUGUCGAGAAAGCACACAAGAGUGGGCACUCGGGAGAGACCCGCACGCUGAAACUUCUUCAAGAAAAGAUUUGGUUUCCUGGAAUUGCUAAACUCUGUAAAGAAGCUGUACAGAAUUGCUCAAGCCAUAAAUGCCUUUCAUAUCUCUUGGGUAAACAUGUGCUUUUAUGCAUUCCCACCUUUUUGCAUUAUCAGCCAAGUAUUACAAAAAAUCUCAGAAGAGAAGGCAACAGGCAUAAUAGUAAUUCCACACUGGCCGACCCAAUCUUGGUGGCCAUAUCUAACCAAUAUGUUAAUAAAUUGUCCCCUUAUGUUGCCUAGCACACAAACAACACUGAUGCAUGUUACCAUCCCAUCCUCAGAAGAUUCAUCCUCUACAAAAGAAGUUGCGAUUACUGAUGUGCCACUUAUCGGGGGAUCACUUGAAAGUAAAGGAAUUUCAAAAGAAGCUGUUUCAAUCAUCGUACAAGCAUGGAGACCGGGGACUCAAAAACAGUACAAAUACUAUUUACAAAAGUGGGAACAGCACUGUUGUGAACGAAGUAUCAAUCCCACUGGUAACCAGAUAUAUGGAAGGAGUAUUUGUAAAUAG